AGCGCAACAACGUCACUUCCGCUUGUUUUGGGAGGCUUGAUGAACGAAGGAGGACGUUUCCGUGCGGUUCAGCAGCGGGUUAUUUACUUCGGAAGAGCCCGCUAAAGUAACAAUAGCAACAAUUUCGAGCACCUUAAAGAUUCCCGCAAGGCACAGAUCCGUUCUGGGAACAGUAAACAAAAGUUAAACCACACUGGUUUGGAUUUCUGAAUAAAAACGGAGUAAAUAAGUUAAGGGCUGUGGGGUAAAAACCACAAGUGAAAACAAAGCAGGACCAUAUGAAACUUCCGCCAGAAAAUGGCUGCGCCGGCUGUAGUUUCCACGGAUGGAGCAGACUCCAGUACUCCUGGAAAUCGAAAGAUGGCGUCUUCAGAGGGUCUCAGCACCUUGGGUUCAUCCCAAACAAACAAAAAGACCUUGGGUCACCGAGGGAUUGACCCCACUGGGGAGACCACAUAUAAAAAGACUACAUCAUCUGCACUGAAAGGUGCCAUUCAGCUGGGAAUCACACACAGUGUGGGAAGCUUGAGCCAGAAGCCAGAAAGAGAUGUGCUUAUGCAGGACUUUGAAGUGGUAGAAAGCAUCUUCUUUCCCAGUCAAGGAAGUAGCUCAACGCCGGGUCAUCACCACGGUGACUUCAAGUUUAAAACAUACGCUCCCAUUGCAUUCCGAUACUUCAGAGAGAUGUUCGGGAUCCGACCUGAUGACUACCUGUACUCUCUUUGUAAUGAACCCCUUAUCGAGUUGUCUAACCCUGGAGCGAGCGGGUCUCUCUUCUACGUUUCUAGCGAUGAUGAGUUUAUUAUUAAGACGGUACAACACAAAGAAGCAGAAUUCUUGCAAACACUCCUGCCAGGUUAUUUCAUGAACCUGAACCAGAAUAUGCGCACACUGCUUCCCAAGUUCUACGGCCUCUACUGCGUUCAGGCUGAUGGGAAGAAUAUCCGAAUUGUGGUGAUGAACAACCUGCUGCCACGCGCUGUACCCAUGCACCUUAAAUUUGACCUGAAAGGCUCCACAUACAAGCGACGAGCUUCACCAAAAGAGAGGUCCAAGGGUGUGCCCACAUAUAAAGACCUAGACUUCAUGCAGGACAUGCCUGAGGGCAUAUUGCUGGAGAAUGACCACUACACUGCCCUCAGCAGGACCAUGCAGAGAGACUGUCGGGUACUACAAAGCUUUAAGAUCAUGGAUUACAGUCUGCUGGUGGGUAUCCAUAUUUUGCACCGGGCAGGUGAAGAGGCAUCUACGGCAGUGCCUGAUACCCAGAAAAAGGGGCAAGGCCAGAAGCCCCUGUAUUGUACUGCCAUUGAGUCAAUUCAAGGGGAAUCAAAGAGCAAGACUUCACCGCAGCCCUACGAAAGCAUGGGAGGAAUUCCAGCAUUCAAUUCAAAAGGAGAAAGAUUGCUGGUUUUUAUUGGCAUCAUCGAUAUACUUCAGUCUUAUAGGCUUGUAAAGAAGUUGGAGCACUCGUGGAAAGCUCUGCUGCAUGAUGGGGACACUGUAUCUGUGCACCGGCCGAGUUUCUAUGCAGAUCGUUUCCAGAAAUUUAUGUGUAGCACCGUCUUCAGAAAAUCGCAAUUGAAAACUUCUCCCUCAAAGAGAAGCCGCUUAGGACCCGUGUCUGCUGGGAAGAAGUCAAACAUUGCAGUAUCUGGACAAUCACAUCAACAAUCCCUUCCUGUAGCAGCAGAACUAACCCAGUCGCAGCUGUGGAGCAGUGAGGACCCUCAAGGAGACAGCGGUAUGCAAACCGCUCGUCCAGACUUGCUUCCUCAACAGGUUGCUGAAGAUGAUAUCACAAGCAGCUCGGCUGAUACUACCCUGUCAGCAACCUCUCUUGUUAACUCUCGACUCUCCACAAACACUCCAGUUCUCAGCCGCAGCAGUGUAGCUGGUCAUUCAUCAGAGGAAAGUUUGGACAUGGACGUCAUUUCACUCAGCGAGAUUGUUCCUCAGACAAGCACGUCAGAAUGAAAGACUGUGGACGAACAGGUCGAAACAAAGCCCUCAAGGACAAAGUUUUCUCUCUUUUAAAGACAUCAGAACAAGAAGAAAGUGGAAAAACAAGAUGGAGUUGUGCAAGCACGAGGGGAAGUGAAACUGAAAGAGUCUGGAAUACAAAAGAGAGAAGUGCACAUGUUCAUAAAACUGUAAAGAUAUUCCUCCCCUUUUUAAUAAUUUUUAUUUUUGGAUGUCAACACAACGGCAUCCAAUAUUGCUGCUAAGAAAUGGACCCAAAAGAAAGACGUACCUCAACAGUGUGAUCACUGAUGUCAAACAGGGACAUACAACAGCAGUGCCAUAUAUACAAGAGCCUCCAGAACAGACAUAAAGUCGUGAACUGCAUCAUGUGAGGCUCUUGGAGAAGAGUACCUUGUGAGUUUUAUUUGACCAUACUUUUAUUAGUCUGCUGCAGUCGUGUUCUUUAAUUCCCCAGAGAUAAAGAGAAAUAUUUUUUCGUAUAUUUUAAAAGGUUUUAUGUAGUAUAGCGUGGUUAUCGAGGGGGGGGAAGUAGGAUGGUUUAAUCCAGAUCAGGUUGCCUGAACAAUCACGUAUCAAGACACUUUUUCAAAACUUUUAAUCCGUAAAAUGGUUUAGAUUUGGUUUUAAAAAUGAAGUUAAAUGCAGUACUGAGGUGUUGUGUUGGAUUUUGAAAUGUGCCUUAACUACAGGAGUUAUUUUGCCUUACUGCAUCUUUUUAUUGGGCACGUUGCCUGCUAGUGGAUUAUGCAGGUUUCUAGGUUUUCCUAAAUCACAGCUCUGCACAGUUUAGCUUUAACCCUAAUUAAACACACCUGACCAGACUAAUUGAGUCCUUCAGGCUUGUUUGAAACCUACAGGCAUGUUGCUGCAUCUUAAUUCGCAUACUUGUACUACACCCUAAAAGUAUGUACUUUUUUGU